CAGAAAAUUAAAAGGAAAUCCAGAAUGUACCUGACUCCUUGCGCCGUCAAGGGACAAUCACAAUGGUCUCCAAUCACGAUUAUGGCUCUUACUCUUAGCUUAAAAACAAUAAAAAAGAGAGAGAGAGAUCACUAUCUGUCACACCCGACACGACGCAUUACCAAUCUAAUAUUCAACGAUGAUAUCUGUCGCUGAUGCUCUCCAAACAAUCCUUAAUGUCUCCAAACGUCUUCCACCGGUCACGGUGUCCCUUCACGAUGCCCUUGGCAAGGUGUUGGCUCAGGAUGUUCGUGCCCCUGACCCUUUGCCUCCUUACCCUGCUUCUGUCAAGGAUGGUUAUGCUGUAGUUGCUGCAGAUGGGCCAGGGGAAUAUCCUGUAAUUACUGAAUCAAGAGCUGGGAAUGAUGGUCUUGGUGUUACUGUCACCCCUGGAACUGUCGCCUAUGUAACAACUGGAGGACCCAUACCUGAUGGUGCUGAUGCAGUUGUUCAAGUUGAGAAUACUGAGAAAGUGAACAAUGUUUCGGAUGAGCACAAGAGGGUGAGAAUAUUGGUGAAAACCACCAAAGGCAAUGACAUACGUCCAGUGGGAGUUGAUAUUGAGAAAGAUGCAAUAGUUUUAACAUCUGGAGAAAGACUAGGUGCUUCAGAGAUUGGCUUGCUUGCUACAGUUGGUGUAACGAUGGUCAAGGUGUAUCCUACUCCAGCAGUUGCCGUUCUUUCUACUGGAGACGAGCUUGUAGAGCCAACUACUGGGCAUCUUAGUCGUGGUCAGAUUAGGGACUCUAAUCGUGCCAUGCUGCUAGCAGCUGCAGUACAGCAUCAGUGCAAAGUUCUGGACUUUGGUAUUGCUGAGGAUAGCGAAGAAUGUCAAGGAAGGAUUUUGGAUAAGGCUUUUGCUUCUGGAAUUAAUAUUCUUCUAACUUCCGGUGGUGUUUCAAUGGGAGACAAAGAUUUUAUCAAGCCUUUGCUUGAAAAGCGAGGAAAAGUACAUUUCAAUAAGGUGAACAUUAAACCAGGCAAGCCAUUUACAUUUGCAGAGAUUGACACUCAAUCAACGGAAAGUAAAAUUCUAGCUUUUGGGCUACCUGGAAAUCCUGUCAGCUCUUUGGUUUGUUUCCAUGUCUUUGUGGUCCCUGCAAUACGCCACCUCGCAGGGUGGACAAAUCCUCAUCAUCUGAGGGUACAAGCUCGGCUUCGUAAGCCCAUAAAGACAGAUCCAUUUAGACCAGAAUAUCAUCGCUCUGCCGUUAUAUGGACUGACAAUGAUGGAACAGGCAGUCCUGGUUUUGUUGCUGAGAGCACUGGUCAUCAGAUGAGCAGUCGACUGCUUAGCAUGAGGUCAGCUAAUGCCUUGUUGGAGUUUCCAGCAACAGGCAGUGUAGUUUCUGCAGGGACCCCUGUGUCAGCUAUCAUAAUUUCUGACCUAAGACCCAUGGCUUUUGGCGAAAAUCAUGUGUCAUCAGACUCGGCCUUAGCUUUGUCAGGAACUAAAUCGCAUAAAAUAACUACAGACUCUUCAGGGGAUGCUGAGUUCAGAGUGGCUAUUCUUACAGUCAGUGAUACAGUUGCAGUGGGGGCCGGGCCAGAUCGGAGUGGUCCCAGGGCAGUUUCUGUUAUUAAUUCUUCUUCAGAAAGGCUAGGAGGAGCAAGAGUUGUUGCAACUGCUGUGGUUCCAGAUGAUGUGACAAAAAUUCAGAACAUUCUAAGAAGAUGGAGUGAUAUUGAUCAAAUGGAUCUUAUAAUUACUCUUGGUGGGACUGGCUUUACCCCACGAGACAUAACACCCGAAGCUACAAAACAGUUGAUUGAGAAAGAAACACCUGGUCUUCUGCAUGUAAUGAUGCAAGAGAGUUUAAAGGUCACCCCAUUUGCGAUGCUUUCACGCUCUGCAGCUGGAAUCAGAGGAUCAACCUUGAUCAUUAACAUGCCUGGAAACCCAAAUGCUGUUGCUGAGUGUAUGGAAGCUUUAUUGCCAGCACUUAAGCAUGGUCUAAAGCAGCUCAGGGGAGACAAGAGAGAAAAACAUCCUCGUCACGUUCCUCAUGCUGAAGCAAUUCCUGCAGAUGUGUGGGAGCAGAGUUAUAAGUUAGCUACUGAUGGCGACUCUGAAGUCUCUUGUAACUGUUGCAAGUAAUGUUUAAUUAUAUUUUCUCAUUUGCUUCUCCCUUGUUCCCCCAUCUAUCUUUUUGGAGAUGUAUAGAGAGAGAGAGGUUCCGAUACAUGUAUUCUCUUUUUCAAGUAUAAGUUAAUUAUGUUUUGAAUUUAAUUUUGAUGCUUUGUUAGCGUAAUUUUUUUUUUUUUUUUACACUGUCAUCUGAUAGUUAUAUUCUCAUUUUCAAGCAAAUAGUUUGAGAGCUUGUGUUGUUAACUUAAACUCAUUAAGUAACGUGAUAAUACAUCA